GCGGGCUCGCGGCGGUGCCACGGGCCCAUUGGCGGCCUCCCGUGAGGCCAUCUCGGCUCAGGAUAGCGCGGUCUCGGCCCCAUCCCGGUCCCGUUCUUGACAGCACCGGUGGCGAUGGCAGCGGACGGGGUGGUGCGGCGGCGCGGCGGUCCGUGGCGCACGAAGGCAGCCACGGCGCUACCCUCCUGGCGGCUGCGCUGCGAGGGCGGCCGGCAGCGCUGGUGCUACCUGGAUGACGGCGGCGAGGACGAGGCGGCGAGCGAAGGGCGGCGGGCGCAGACAGCGCUGGAGGCGCACAGCCUUGGCCUGGACACGGACGAGCUGCUGCGGACGCUGCCGGCCGCCGGCACGGCUCGGGAGGCCGCCCGCAACGGCAUGCGAUUCUACGCCACGCUGCAAGCCGAGGACGGUCACUGGGCCGGCGAUUACGGGGGGCCGCUUUUCCUGCUGCCAGGGCUGCUGAUCGUUUGCCACAUCGCCCGCAUCCCGCUGCCCGACGGCUUCCGCAGGGAGAUGGUGCGCUACCUGCGCUCCGUGCAGCUCCCAGACGGCGGCUGGGGUCUGCACGUGGAAGACAAAUCGACGGUGUUUGGCACAGCUCUCAACUACGUAGCCCUGAGGAUCCUGGGGCUUGGCCCGGAUGACCCCGACAUCGUGAGGGCCCGCGUCAACCUGCACAGCAAAGGAGGUGCUGUGGGGAUCCCAUCUUGGGGGAAGUUUUGGCUGGCUAUCCUCAACGUCUACAGCUGGGAGGGGAUGAACACGCUGCUCCCGGAGAUGUGGCUGCUUCCUACGUGGUUCCCAGCCCAUCCAUCCAGGCUCUGGUGCCACUGCCGCCAGGUCUACCUCCCCAUGAGCUACUGUUAUGCCAAGCGUCUGUCAGCAGAAGAGGAUGAACUCAUCCGGAGCUUGCAGCAGGAGCUGUAUGUGCAAGACUACGCCAGCAUCGACUGGCCAGCCCAGAGGAACAACGUGGCUUCCUGUGAUGUAUACACCCCACAUAGCUGGCUACUGGGAAUCGCCUAUGCUGUCAUGAAUGUGUACGAAGCCCACCAUAGCACCUACCUGCGGCAGCGAGCCAUCACGGAGCUGUAUGACCACAUCAAAGCUGAUGACAGAUUCACCAAGUGUAUCAGCAUUGGUCCGAUUUCCAAGACCAUCAACAUGUUGGUUCGCUGGUUUGUGGAUGGGGAGAAUUCACCAGCUUUUCAGGAGCAUGUUUCCAGGAUCCCCGACUAUCUCUGGCUGGGCCUCGAUGGCAUGAAGAUGCAGGGUACAAACGGAUCCCAGCUCUGGGACACUGCCUUUGCCAUCCAGGCCUUCCUGGAGGCAGAAGCCCAGAAGAUACCUGAGUUUAUGUCCUGCCUUCAGAACGCCCAUGAGUUUCUUAGGUUCACCCAGAUCCCAGAGAACCCACCUGACUACCAGAAAUAUUACCGCCAUAUGAACAAGGGUGGCUUUCCCUUCAGCACACGGGACUGUGGCUGGAUUGUGGCAGACUGCACAGCAGAGGGACUGAAGUCGAUUAUGCUGCUACAGGAGAAGUGUCCCUUCAUAGCUAACCCUGUCCCAGCUGAACGCCUCUUUGAUGCUGUGAAUGUGUUACUGAGCAUGAGGAACUCAGAUGGAGGCUUUGCCACAUAUGAAACCAAGAGAGGAGGCCACUUGCUGGAGCUGCUGAACCCCUCGGAAGUGUUUGGUGACAUCAUGAUUGACUACACCUAUGUGGAAUGCACAUCAGCUGUCAUGCAGGCACUGAGACACUUCCAAAAUGUGUAUCCUGAGCACAGAGCCCCAGAGAUCAGAGAGACUCUGCAGAAGGGCCUGGACUUCUGUCGCAAGACGCAGCGAGCUGAUGGGUCAUGGGAAGGGAGCUGGGGAGUUUGCUUCACAUAUGGAACCUGGUUUGGUCUGGAGGCAUUUGCCAGUAUGCAGCAUGUGUACCGUGAUGGGGUGGCAUGCAAAGAAGUGGCCCGAGCCUGCCAGUUCCUGCUCUCCAAGCAGAUGACAGAUGGCGGAUGGGGAGAGGACUUUGAGUCGUGUGAGCAGCGCACCUAUGUGCAGAGUUCCUCCUCGCAGAUCCACAAUACAUGUUGGGCCCUGCUGGGGCUCAUGGCUGUCAGGUACCCUGACACUGGUGUGCUGGAAAGGGGCAUCAAACUGUUGAUUGAUAAGCAGCUACCCAAUGGUGACUGGCCUCAGGAGAACAUUGCUGGGGUGUUCAACAAAUCAUGUGCCAUCAGUUACACUGCCUACCGCAAUGUCUUCCCCAUCUGGACACUCGGACGUUUCUCUCGGCUGCAUCCCAACAGCCCUCUUGCUGAGCACCUGCAAUCCGGACCCUUGGCUGGGAUGGGGAAGACUCCAAAGACAGCACUGUCUGACUGAACCCACACCAUGGCUUUGACUUGCCUUAGGUGUCAUGCUGCAUGGGGGCACAGGGGGACUUCCUGCACAGGAUCUCAGUGCUGAUCUCAACUGCCUUUGCCAGGGAGGAGAGUGCUGCUGUGGUGCCACAGAAGCUCUCAGCUUUCUGUUGACUCUCUUCUAAGAAUCCACUUUUAAAGGCUCUUGCCAACUGUAUCUACCUUCAAGGGAUAUGCACUGAAGUGCCUUUUUGAAUCAGUCUGAUGAUCUUCAGAGAGAAAGCUGCCGAGCUGUGUUGUAUCAUACGUCUAGACAGACUGUCUCUCAUUCUCAGUAGAACAAGGAUGAUUUAAUCUUCUUCUUGUCCUGCACCCCAAGGCUGGCUGGCUGUAGCAGGAGUGUAGGAUGUGGUGGGGCUUCCCCUGUGCCCAGCACUGUGAUGGAGUGCACUGCACAGUCCACAGUUCAUCCUGAACUAGCCUGCACUGGGAGUGCCAACAAAAACCUUUGAAGUGCUCUCUGCUCAGGAGGCUGUGCUGAGAGGGGGGGCAUCUGUUGUCCUGAAUAUGGGAAGGAGUGCUUCACUCAGUUUUCUUUCCAUUCCGUCCCCCACCUGGAGGCAUCUGGCUUCCCAGAGCUGAAUAGGUCAAAUCAUCAGCAUCGUUCCCACUUGGAAAAAGGGGAAACUGAAGCAGAAAGCACUGAGGUGAUUGGUGUUAGGGCAUAGUCUCCUAGGCUUCCCUGAGCAAGGGUGUGGGUAUCAGAGGUGGAAGUCAUGUCAAUGGAUGAGUUAAUAAAUGGCUAAUGGUGUUACAAGUGGAUCCUGGCUGUAUGUUGG